AUGGUGUCCCGUAAGAAGCCCAAGUUUGUGUUUUUGAUGGAAACCAAGGUGGGACGGGUUCAUGCUGAACGACUCCGUGUCAAGCUUGGUUUCGAUGGUCUUUUUUAUGUAGACAGUACUGGUUUGAGUGGUGGUCUAGCCUUGCCGUGGAAGACGAAUAAUACGGCUAGGUUGCUGAGUUUCUCGAAGAAUCAUGUAGACAUUGAGGUGAGUAUUCCUGGAUUUAUCAAGUGGCGGAUGACAGGCUUUUAUGGCUUUCCCCAGCGAGGACGAAGAGAUGACUGUGGAUUAUCUCAAAUGCCAAUGCAAGAGUAUCCUUACACAUGGGAGAAGGGAAAUGAGACACCAGAUUGGAUGGAGGAGCGUUUGGAUAAAGUGCUAGCCACGAAAGUUUGGCGGGGAGUGGUGGUGGGGGCCAGUGUACAAAAUAUUCUAACCCGCAAUUCUUAUCAUUCUGCUCUUUACCUUGGGAUUAUGGAUCCUCGGGGAAGGGGGAAUGGUAGGAAGAGGGGGUUCCGCUUUGAGAUGGCCUGGCUGCAUGUCGAGGGAUGUAGGAGUGUGGUAGAGAAGUCCUUGGAUGAGGGAAGGGGAGGAGGUCUGCAGAAUUGCAUUGGGUUGUGUGGGGAUCGGUUGAUGCGUUGGGGUGGUGAUCGUUUUCACAAGUUCGGUGAGCAGAUUAUGAACUUACGAAAGGAACAAUUACUAUUAAGAGAGCGCACGGAUCCGGCUUCCCUAGCUGAAUUCCAACGCCUUGAGGAGCACCUGAGCCGCCUUGAAACCCAGGAGGAUGUGUAUUGGAGGCAGAGAGCCAAACAGCACUGGCUUAGAGAGGCUGAUGCAAAUACAUAG